AUGCUUACAGUUGUUCACGAAUACUUGGCGCUCUGUUCACAGCGACGGGUUGAGCCUUACUACGGCUUUAUCGAACACGCCGGUGCAGGAGAAGUUGUGACGGAUUUGGAUUUCGCACCAGUGGCGGCUGUGCGUCUCUUUGCUCUUGCCCUGCAGCGAAGUGCGCAGCAACACACCGGUGGUGUGCGUGGUGCUCAACUGCAGGCAUUAGUGUUACGUUAUGGUGUGAACAAGGGCGGACACCACCCACCGAAACAGUCGAGGCGAAUGAUGUCGUACGAGGUAUUGUUGGCGCGUCGUCGACCGGAAGACAUUAUUGUUUCUCCGCAGAAUCGUGCGGUAUUGCGUAGUUUGCUGGACGGUGUGCGUGCGGCGUGUGCGGCGAGUGUGCGGUGUUUAGUUCGUGUAGAGUUAUGUGGGUUGCCGCUGCGGGAGAUGCCGGAGACCACUGGACGACUGUUUGAACAGUUGCCGCAUUGUGAUGUACUGCGGGUGUUGAAACUUAACCGUUCUUCGCUGAACGAUGCUCUUUUCACGCGACUGACAACAGUGCCGUGUUCCUUCCGCGCAUUGAAGGAGGCGCAAUUCUCUGAAUGUGAUCUCACAGACCGUAGUGCCCGUGGUAUUCAUUCACUUAUUUUACUUAGUCGCAGCAGAGAGCAGAGUGCCGUGUGGCGUGCCUCUCUGCGAGAUGGCGGUAAUACGGGUGUUGGAAGUGUUGGUGUGAAUGCCUCGUCCAGAGCGUUGGAAGCACUGGAUCUCUCUGGUAAUCGUUUGGGCGAUGCGACACUUAAGCGGAUUGCACUUGCUAUUACCCACGAUGUUUCACUUCGUGUAGUGGAUAUGAGUCGUAAUGUAGUGACAACAGCAGGACUAACAGAGUUCUUGCAGGAUGGAGCGCUGCAGGGUAGUGCUGUUGAGACGUUUGAUUUAUCAAAGAAUUUAAUAGACUCUCAUGUGGCAUAUGCAGUUGGUGAAGGAUUCACAUGUCUGCAAACGUGUGAACAACAACUCCUAUUUACUCGCAUUAAAGGACAACGACCUGAUAACACGAAUACUACUGCUGGUGCAUCUACCCAUCUCACUACUAUUACAGUUUCAACUGCGACUAAUGCUGGUAGUGGUAGAGCUGGUGAAUUUAAAACUGCCAAGGUAGUACCACAAAGACGACGAAAACUGCCACUUCAAAGCAAGACUGGAUCUUCAUCAAGCAUAGUUGCGGCAACAGGAACAACAAAACAAGUAACUGUAUCCCCAGAAGCAUCUCAAAGUGUACCACAAGCUGAAGAAGGUGGGAACUCCAAGUCGUUUAGGGCAAGUCCUGCCGGUGCAUUAGAGAUUAACAGUGAUCACAUGGAAGUUAGUUUUCUCCCAUUGGGUCAUUCGGAUAAUCAACCCUCACCAGGGAGAGAGAGUGGUUCAGCACACCGUAGUAAUUUUAGUGUUUCUCCAGAGACCUUGGAUCACCAGAGUAGCCGCAAUGAGGGUCAAGGCUCUCUUGAACGUCCUCCAUUUUAUAAUCAACCACAACAACAAAAACAACCACAUCAAUAUCAUCAUAACCAUUAUCAGCAGCAACCACUACCACAACAACAACCACUACCACAACAGCAACAAGAGCUACAUUUGCAACAAUUACAAGGUGGGAUGCCUUUUUUCCCUCAAAUCUUUUGUUCACCAGUUAAUGGACAACAGUGGUGCGGUGUUCCGCUCUUCGUCCCGUUACCACUCGCUUCCCUUGGCGUUACACAACCACCACCUUCUUCUUCUUCACAGCAACAACAAGAUCAACAACAACAACGACAAGGUACAUCAUCAUCGCCACCUCCUCCAUUGUCUACUACGUGGGGAAAUCGAGACACCGCUGCAGUGGACACAUCAGUAGCAAUGUCUAGCGAAGUUGGCGCGGAUCGUGUGGCGAGUCCUUCUAUUAGUAUUAAUGGGAGUGGUAAUUUUGAGAAGAUGAUGGCCGAGCCCCUCGGCACGGGAGAGUUUGAACUGGCAGAGUGGAGAGAGAAGGAAGAGAAAUUUCUUGAAUCCCUUGUUGUGCGAGUGGAGUCCCACGAAAACGCAGUGACGGAGAUGGUGGAGCGUAAUUAUCAGGCUACACGUGAACAGUUGAACUAUCUUAAAGAAGAUUUGGCUCAGCGUAUUCACGAAGUGCUUGCAGAGCAGCGGCGAGAACAGGAACGACUUCGCGGUGAACUGCGUGAGGGACUUUCUGCAGAGCAGCAGAAAUUACGAGAUCCUGAGGGUGCCAUUACUGAGCAACUUGCACAGUUGAUUUAUACCGGAAUGAAGCGCAUUCACGAUCAGAUGGAUCGGCCAACGGCGAAAGGGAGUGCUGCAACUGGAAAAGUUUCUUCUUCAUCUACUGAAGCCGGUUCCAGUAAACCCGUGCAGGAUUACCUGCGGGAAGUAAAGGACCGUCUGAAUGGUCUCGGCUGGUAA